AGAGUUUGCGUCGGUUUCCCCACUCGGUCCAAUUUCAACGUCCGUCUAGCAGCAUCGCAAUAGUUUCCACAGCACCCACCACUCCUGUCCUCAGCUUCACACAACCCUUAAGCCACCCCAGCGAGCGCAUAUCGUCAGCCAUCGAAGCCGCCGGUGUAUAUAGUAGAUAGCUUCCGAAGGACGCCAGAAGAAAGCUGCACCGCAUGCCCAACAUGCCCGUGCAAAGUGAUCUCCGCGCACCCAUCCUGGUUCCCGAGGAACGAUGGCGCGACAUCUACACCUACCUCGACCGCACCGGCCCAUUCGCGAACGAAGGGUUUGAGCCCGGUGAAACCGUAAAAGAAUUCCUGCACUCUCUCAAAAUUCUCGUCAUCGGCGCCGGCGGGCUCGGCUGCGAACUAUUGAAGGAUCUGGCGUUGAUGGGGUUCACGGACAUUCAUGUGAUUGAUAUGGAUACGAUUGAUGUGUCGAAUUUGAAUCGGCAGUUUUUGUUUCGAGCAUCAGACGUCGGAAAGCCCAAAGCCGAAGUAGCUGCGGCCUUUGUAAUGAAGCGCGUCCCAGGCGUUAAGAUCACCCCAUACUUUGGCAAGAUCCAAGAUAAAGACGAGGACUAUUACAGCCAGUUCACGAUCAUUAUCUGUGGCUUGGAUUCCGUCGUUGCGCGGCGGUGGAUCAAUGCGACGGUUGCAAAUAUGUAUGAUGAGGAUGAUCCGGAGACGUUUAAGCCUAUCAUUGACGGCGGGACCGAGGGUUUCAAAGGGCAAUCCCGCAUCAUUCUCCCGCGCAUGACGGCCUGCUACGAAUGCUCCCUCGACAUGCAAACCAAACCCACCACAUACCCCAUGUGCACGAUCGCAAAUACGCCUAGGUUGCCGGAACACUGCAUCGAGUGGGCUUCUGUGCUUGAAUGGCCCAAGGUGUUUCCAGAAACAAAACUGGACGGCGACGACUCAGAACACAUCCGCUGGGUCCUCGACAAAGCCACAGCGCGCGCAACCGAGUUCAACAUCUCCGGCGUCUCCUAUUCCCUCACACAGGGCGUCGUCAAGAAUAUCAUCCCGGCAAUUGCCUCCACGAACGCCAUCGUUGCCGCCUCUUGCGCAACCGAAGCCUUCAAAAUCGCCACCAACAGCGCGACCGCCAUGAACAACUACAUGAUGUACGUCGGCGAUCAAGGCGUCUACACCUACACAUUCGAACUGCAACGCAAAGACGAUUGUCCCGUGUGUGGAGGCGCGACGGUCAAGGUUGAUUGCAAUAAGAUGGAGACGCUUGAAGGGUUUAUUGAGCGGUUGGUGGACAGGAAGGAUUUCCAACUCAAAAAGCCUUCCCUCCGCACCUCCACCACCUCCCUCUACAUGGCCGCCCCGCGCGCCCUCGAGCAAGCCACGCGUCCGAAUUUGACGAAGCAGAUGGGCGAGCUGGUGGAGAAUGGGGAGGAGAUCACGGUUACAGAUGAGGCGUUGCCGAUUAGUAUUUGUGUUGUUGUGAGGUUUGUUUAGUGUGGGGCGAAGGGGGGAGAGGAAGGGGCCAUGGUG